GUGGCCGUUCGGCUGGGCUCUGCUCUCAAUAGGGAAGUGGAGCUGCGCUGCGUUGACGGUGUGUCCAUGUAUAUGAGUGAGUGAGAGAUAGGGGGGUUUUCACUCUAUCUCUUCCUGCUCAUUCUGACGGCUGGCUCGGGAUAACCUUCUGCAUCUUUGUGCAAUCUGCCUUUUUGCUGAGAAACUUUUCGCCUAUUGAACCAUUUUAAACUUUAAAUACAAAAGAGAGAGAGAAAUACUGAACAAGUACGGUCACAAUCCAGCAGUAUGGAUGUUCUACCGAGGUGCAGCAUUUUCCAAGAGCUUCAGAUUGUGCACGAUACUGGCUACUUUUCAGGUCUGGCAUCACUUGAAGAAUAUUGGCAGCAGACUUGCCUCGAGUUGGAGCGGUACCUUCAAAGUGAGCCCUAUGUUUCGGCUUCUGACUUUAGAUUUGAUGGACAGGAUGACCUCUUGAGCAAAAUCAUUAUGGUCUGUGGGGAUAAGGAUGAAUCUGACAAGAAGAAUGCAAACUUAAUGGAAGAGGAGACCCAGGAAAGUCAGAACCUGGAAACCAACAGCAUGAGCUCUGAUGUCAGCAGUGAGUCCCUGGAUAGCUCUGAGGAACUUUCACCUACGGUAAACUAUACCUCAGAUCCUUUAAAUACUGUCCUGGUGAACUCUGGAAAUGUAAACUCUCCAGUUCUGUCCACUCCUCCCUCAUCUCCAGAACUAACCAAGGAGUCUUCUCCACAGCUGUGGAGCAACCCACCAGCAAACAUUCCUGAGCAGAAUACAGUUAAAAUUCGUGGUGGAAAUGCUACAAAAUCAUUGGAAAAAUCUAGUCCUGUAAAUGGCGAGGCAUCACCUGAUGGCAGGAGAAGGGUCCAUUGGUGUCAGUUCAACGGAUGUAGGAAAGUUUACACCAAAAGUUCACACCUAAAAGCACAUCAACGUACUCACACAGGUGAAAAGCCUUACAGGUGUUCGUGGGAAGGCUGUGACUGGCGAUUUGCACGAAGUGAUGAGCUUACAAGGCACUUCAGGAAACACACUGGGGCAAAACCGUUUAAAUGCACUCAUUGUGACAGGUGUUUCUCCAGGUCUGACCACUUGGCCCUUCACAUGAAAAGACACAUCUGAGAGUGUGCACAGUAAAAGUCGGUUGGCGAUUCAGCUUCACAAUUGAACUGCCACACGAGGAGGAACGUAUGCUCCAGCCAAAGCAUGCCAUUUUGCACCCUACCCAGUAGCCUCCAGGACCUUUUUUUGUCAGGGUGUUUUCAGAGACCGUUAGAGUGAGAGGCAGCAUAGCAACUGUGGUGGAUGGCAUCUGGGAAUUUUCCUGGAUGCAUACAUUGGUAUCUAAAGUUAUGAGUGGCUGCCAAGUCCCUGCUGUGAGCAUGUGCACUGAGAACAUGGUUGACUAGGUUGAUUGUAUGAUGAGGAACCAAUGAUUUUUUUCUUGUGGUGAAGUAAGAUUGCUUUAAAGUAGGCUGGAUGAGUGUGUGUGAGCGCGAACAAAAGAGAAAAGUAGAGAGAGGGACGUGCCUGGAGAUGGGAUAACCGCCAAAUGUCUUCGCUGUUCCAUGCCUUAAGCAAGGCACUGAAUCUGGACAGGAGACCGACCCCUUUCCCGUGUGAGAGGAGCUUUUGGUGUCUGGUGCAGCUGAUAAAUGUGCAAUGUGUCGAGUAGCCUUGUUCACUUGCUACAAAAAAAAGCUAAUUUGUAAUCCAUUGUAUAAGCUGUGUAUUAAGGAUAUAACACAACUAUAACUUUCAUGAUAAACAGAAAGGUGUUGCAUGAUUCUGGGGAUUGUACACUUUUCUUUCUUUGUAAUUGGGGACUGCAAUUUGAUUCCGAUUAUGUGCAGUUUAAAGGAAAAAAAAUAUGUUUGGGCAAAUGUUACAUAGAGUAAAGGAAGCCUGGACUUUUUUUGGUUGAAUACCACUAUAGCUUAGCAACUGAUUUACUUAAGCAGCUAAUUUUGGUCUUUUUAUUUAUGCCUGAGGACUAAUUUCUGGUUUCUAAAUGUUAAUGCACUGUUGACAUGAAAUAAUGGUGCCUUAUGAAAGUGACCUUGCUACAGUAAGUGUAGCAAUCUCAUGUGGGUCACCAGACAGGGGUAUGGGUGACUUGGGCUCCAUUAAGGCUCCCUUUCACAUGAUCUUGUACUCUAUGCCUCUUUCUGUCUUUGACAUGGAAACAAUAAAAAAAACUUUUCUUUAAUUUUCUGAGUACAAAAUGCCAAUUUUUGUCUACCCAAGUAUUAAAUAUUAGUUUUAUUUUUUUAUUUUGACUGAAUAUAAUGUAUUAAAAUGAUCUAUUGAGUAUAUAGUAAUUUCAUUGAAGGUGUUCUUUUUAUAUUAUAUAAAAAAUAUAUUGAUGUGCUGUAAUGGUAACACAUUCCUAGUACUCUGGGCAUAAAAGAUGACCAUGACAAAUCGCUUGGCUGUAAAGCACUGUUAAUUCUGAAAAAGCAUCUUCACUUUAACCCUAAUGUAGUAAAAUGGAAGAUUUAUAAUGGUUAACAGUGACAUUGGAGAGACUCCAGCACGGGAUGAAUCAGAUAAAGUGGCUCAUUGGGCCUUUUGCUAGCACUAAUUUCCUUUUGUUAGUCUGCUGAUUCGGCACAUUAGAUAUUGAGCUGUCUGGAGUGCAAUAUCUUAAUUUGACCCAUCAAUGGUCUGGCUGAGAUGCAUUUCAGCAGGCAACUGAAAUGCAAUUGCUAGGGUUGCAAACCUAGUCGGAAAGCCAUUGUAUUUCACAGUUGUGAAGGCUGACUAGAAAUACGCUUACUGAAUUUUAAUCACCUGGGUGUUUUAAAAACGCACAAAAAAAUCCUUGAACAUCAGGAACUGCUGCUGAUUAAAUUGUUGGAUUCAAUGUGGGCUUGGUGGUGCUGAUGGAGAGGAAUGGGGGUUGGAUGUUACUAUAAUGUUUACACAAACACAUGGUUUUGAGGGCAGAGACGUACACACUUUCCCUUCUAUGCAUUUUUUUAUUUGCCAAAAACCAUAGAGGCAGCUGCUUUUUGAAGACAAUUUACAGCAUUUUUUAAACUCUGCAUGUGUAUGCAAUGCUCUACCUAGUUGUAACAAGCCACUAGAUAAGAAUGCCAUUGACAGAAAGUAAAAACUUGAAUCAGCUUGUGCUUUUUAAUGCAAUAUGUAUAAAAAAAAUUAUGGUUGAAUUCACUGGAAGAAAAGGUUAGGCCAUGUACUAUUUUUCUAUUAACUAGCCAAUGAACAGUAUUCGUACUGUUCUGUGGAUAAUGGAGCCUUAAUGAAACCGUAUGACCUUGGGUUGCAAUUAAAAUUGUUCUUUAUUAUUGAUGUUUCACAUUUCUUUUUAAAAGCCCUGUUUAUCUCCAACCUCUUUGUAAAAUUUUGUUAUUUGAAAUCUUUUUACAAGGUUUUAUUUGAAAUUGUUUUUUGCAAGAUUGUUAUAUUUCUGUAUGAAUGUAUUUUUUAUUGUAAAACAAUGGAAAAUUCUUAACAGAAUGUGCCU